UUUCACUUACUUUGCUCAAAUACUGACAACUUUAUUUUCAUCUAGCCCAAGGAAUCGACCUGAUUGCGGUGUGUCUUAGUGGACGUCCUGUUGAAUCGUACUAGUGGUUAAGGGAACAUCCAAUAAAUCGGCGGUCGCCACCUCACACAUCACCCUCGCCAGCAAUGCGGAACUGGCUCCUCCUCUCUGCACACACACUAGCCUAAUAACCACAGCUGUUAAUGCCGCCAGGGAUUGUCCACUAUGCUGGCUAGCAGGCACAAAGGCGAAAGCAUCGUGGAGUAUGAGCGCCAAUACCCGGAGGAUGUGGACGUCAUCCGGGAACGUGAAUAUCCCUUGCUCAGAGGCACAACAUAUCUCGACCAUGCAGGUACCACGCUCUACGCCAAAUCUCUGAUCGAAUCGUUCUCUCGGGACCUUACGUCGAACCUCUACGGGAACCCUCAUUCUAUGUCCGCACCCUCACAGCUAUCGACCCAACGCGUGGAUGAUAUCCGUCUACGGGCCCUUCGCUUCUUCAACGUCGACCCCGAAGAGUUUGAUCUCGUCUUCGUGGCGAACGCCACCGCCGCAAUUAAGUUGGUUGCUGAUUCUCUCCGCGAGUCAACGCCGCAAGGUUUCUGGUAUGGAUAUCAUGUUGACGCGCAUACAAGCUUGAUCGGGGCGCGUGAGCUUGCGGGUAUUGGCAACAGGUGCUUUAUGACAGAUGCAGAGGUCGAAAGAUGGAUCUCCGAGUUGGGUACCGAACCGGGGCAUGGCCCGCGACUGUUUGCGUAUCCUGCACAAUCGAAUAUGAGUGGCCAGCGCUUUCCUCUUGAAUGGUGUGAAAGGAUACGGAAUUCAGCCGAGAAUACUUACACUCUUCUUGACGUCGCAUCGCUUGUGUCGACAUCGCCCCUCGAUCUGAGUGAUGCUUCCGCCGCACCCGACUUUGCCGUUCUCAGUUUCUACAAAAUCUUCGGGUUCCCGGACCUUGGUGCAUUGAUUGUUCGCAAGAGUGCUGGUCAUAUCUUCGACAAGCGGAAGUUCUUCGGCGGAGGGACUGUGGAUAUGGUCUUGACACAGGGAGCGCAAUGGCAUGCAAAGAAGCAAUCAUCGAUCCACGAACGGCUGGAAGAUGGGACUCUUCCGUUUCAUAACAUAAUCGCCUUGGGCUCCGCGUUUGAGACGCACGAGCGCCUUUUCGGCUGUAUGGCGAAUAUUUCCUCACAUACGCGCUUCUUAGCAAAGCGCUUACACGAUCGCAUGACUGCUUUGAGACACCAUAACGGAGAGAAAGUCUGUCAUGUGUACAGAUCACCGCAUUCAGAUUAUGGCGACCCAUCUACACAAGGCCCGAUUCUUGCAUUCAAUUUGCGCAGUAGCCAAGGUGCAUGGAUUGGCAAAUCUGAAGUGGAGAAGCUGGCAAGUGUCAGAAAUAUACAGAUCCGAUCUGGAACCCUCUGUAACCCAGGAGGCACAGCAGCGAGUCUUGAUUGGACUGGGGCAGACAUGCUUCGGCACUUCAGCGCAGGGCUGCGUUGCGGAGAUGACCACGAUAUCAUGGAUGGACGUCCGACUGGGAUUUUGAGAGUCAGUCUUGGUGCGAUGAGCAAUCUGAAUGAUAUCAACAAUUUUAUGGCUUUCAUCGAGGAAUUCUACGUCGAGAAAAGUCCGAGUAUGUGUGCGUUGGUGCCACCAAUGGAAACUAACCUUGCCCAACGGUCUGGCUUUCAUGUUGAGAGUCUCUCCGUAUACCCAAUCAAGAGUUGCGGUGCAUUCAAAGUGCCUGACGGCCAACGCUGGGAAAUUCGACGGGAGGGAUUAGCGUGGGAUCGAGAGUGGUGUUUGAUUCAUCAAGGCACAGGGGCAGCUCUCAACCAGAAGAGGUAUCCUCGCAUGGCCCUGAUACGACCGUUUAUCGAUCUCAGCCGUGGCGUCCUACGAAUCACCUGCGGACCUGUACACUCACCAGACCAGAAGACACUUGAAAUUCUUCUGGACCGCGAGAGCACGAGCCUCGUGUCUACUUCAUUGUGUCAGAACAGCUCAAAACCUUCUACUGUCUGCGGGGACCAAGUUGUCGUGCAGGCAUAUUCAUCUCCCGCUGUGUCUUCCUUCUUCUCGGACUUCCUUGACGUACCCUGUACACUUGCAAGGUUUCCACCGCAAACUUCUACCAGACUUGCUGAGCCUAGACGCUCUCCUGGUGGUAGGCGAUCUCCACUGAGACCGACUAUGCCAGGCUCCUUCCCCCAAGAUCCGCCGACACCAGAAGCGGAACGGAGUCCCAUCCUCUUGUCCAACGAAAGCCCAAUCCUCCUCAUCUCCCGCUCAUCUGUCAACCGUCUGAACGAAACGAUUAAAAGCGGUUCCUCGGCUGGCAAUGUUCGAAAGAAAGCUGUGGCUGCCGAUGUGUUCCGUGCCAACAUCGUCGUGGCGGAGGAUUUCCCACAACGCGGGAGUGCUGAACGACCGUAUAUAGAGGACCAUUGGGAGUCUCUACGUAUUGGGUCCGAAUACCUCCAGUUCAACGUGCUUGGAUCCUGUCAACGGUGCCAGAUGGUUUGUAUCGAUCAGCUCACCGGGGUGCGCGGCGAAGAACCGUAUUCAACGUUGGCCAAGACGCGAAAGAGCGGGAACAAGAUUUACUUUGGGCGGCAUCUAUCUAUUUCUUCUUCGGAACAUGCGUGGGAUAAUUAUGAUAACCCCAAGCCGAGGACUGUGAUGGUGGGAGACGUUGUCUCCCCAUCAUAUGGUCAUGAGUGAUGAAUUAUGAUCCGGUCGUGGACAACAUUGGAAUGUGUCCGACCCCAUAUAGAUUGGAUUAAUCAUAUGAGCGAUAAUGUAUCAAGCGAG